CAUAAAACUAAAUAUGUAUGCAAGAAUGUGCCAGCACACAGAAGAUCAACAUUUUUGAGCAAAACUAGCCAAAAAUGUUCAGUUAUUGAGUGAUUAAAGAAGUGUUAACAUUAAAAUUCAGUGUUAGAAACAAAAAAUACGAAUUAACAUCAUUAUUAUCUACAAUAAUUAGCUUUUUUGUGCAAAUAAAAUAAUACAAGUUUCCCAUAAAGAGCACCAGCUAAGUUUGCUCUUAUUUUUUGCCGAGUGUAUUUGACAACUUUGUCAAGUUUUUGUGAGAGAGUGUUGUGUGAGAGUAUUUCUUUCGCAGCUUUUGAUUUUUUUUCCUCUGAGUGUAUAUUCAUUUUAAUUGUCAAACUGGCGGUCGACGGAUCUGGCAUUUACGACAUGCUUAAAUUUUUGUUAACAUUUAGUGCUGGUAUCUAUACUGGUAUUUAUAUCAGUCAAAAUUAUGAGGUUCCUCGUGUUGAUGAGCCAAGCAAAAUUAUAGAUAAAAUUAAGGAGUUGGCCGAUGAACACCGUAAAAAGUCACCGGCUGAGCAGCUGCUACACGAUGUCAAGAAAGGAGCCAAAAAAAUUGUUGACUAAAAUGGCUAACGCUUGCCAAUACAAGAUAGAAUAUAGCUGUACUCAUAGAUCAGUCAAUAAUUUGUAAUUUUAAUAGACAAUUUUUUUAAUGCAAACCCUUUU